AUGUCCCACAGCGCCCCUCAAAGGGGGAAGACACAAGAAGGAUGCAUUUCAUCGCUUCGUGCUCCGCAAUCCAACAUUUCAUGUGACGGUGCCUCCCUCAUCAAUGAUAUAGUACCAGCACCAACAGAGCGCAGCGUCGUCGCCACCGUGCUUGGGCAAGCAAAGAGGGACGGCCGGAGAUGUCUCGAACACACUGUGCCUUCCCUAGACGGCGGAGAGCUCCGUGAGGCGCCGCGCUCGUACCCCUCAGUGUCGUCCAAGUCCCUCGGAGCGCGCGAGUUGGGCCAUUUGCGCACCAGUGAGACAUUACCGCUACCGGAGAGUCGUAGAGCACCCGGCGGAAGGUGCAAAGAGGUACCAUAUAGUGCCUUCCUCUGUAUGCCUUACAUACGUCGUAGGAAUGGUGAGUCCACUACUGUGGCCGUCAACGAGCAAGAGCGAACAGCAGGCCAGGAUGUCGGCGGAAGUGAUGCCUCACCACAAGCACAGCAACCGUCACCCAUGCCUGCUUUCCCCUGCGAGCAGUUUCCCUUCUGCCACGAUGCGGUUGCAUGCAAGUCCAAGCCCGACGUGCCUGUCGGGGUACCUGUGCCGUGGCCUGGCAAGCGCACUCGUAGACCAGCGGUGCUUGUCCGGAAAUGGACGCUGAUAUUCAUGCACCAGCUCGCCAGCGCGAGAAAGCCAUGGUGGAGCGAGUGGCGGCCUUUGUGCGUCGAGGCGAUGUACCGGCUGCGAUGGGCGCGAGUGGGAAAUUGA